GCAAAGGUGGAGUCUCUGCUGCGGGCCACUCGGUACAGGUCUGCAGAUGGGGCACCGGUGAAGCAGCACAUCUUUCUGGUCUGCAUGCUUCUAGCCAACUUGUGCGACCUGAACAUGCCUGUGACCUCUGACAUGAGCUCCGCAACCUUUGGCUAUGUGGGCUUUUCAGCCAUGUGGCGCUCGGAGGACUUCUUCAUCUCAUUGGCUCUGGCCACAGCUGCCGCUGUGCGCAGGGAGCCCUGGCCGCCGGACACGGAGAUGCGGUGGCCGCCUUGGAAGUUGGUGCAGACCGUGGAGCGCUUGGCGCGCCACGGCUAUGCUGCCGAGCUACGGCUUUGUGCAACUUCCCUGAUGUCCGUGGUCGCCGAGACCUCCCAAGGUACCUUGGAACACCCGGUGCGAACCUCGCGCCUCGCUGCGGAGGCCUUGCGAGCCAUUGCCGCGGCCGCCAACGACACGGAUGCUCUGCGGACUGAGGCAGAGUUCGUCGGCCCGGCCUUACUCGAGGUCUUGCGUCAGCUUGCCGAUGAGACGCCGGCCGCUGAAGACUUGCUGGAUCUCUUCCAGGCAAAUCGGGACCCCCUCCCGUACAUGAUGCAUUCGGACCUGAUUGCUAGCAUGAAGCAGCAGUGCUGGUGA